CCAAAGGGGCCAAACCCUCUUCUCCCUCCCACACGCACCACCAUGCGGCCUACGCCGCCUCCCCCCAUCGCCGUGAUUCCAUGACCGCCGCCGCGACGUCUCCUCCUCUCAAGCUACCCUCCGCCGCCGCCUUCUCCGAUGCCUCCCCAGCUCCUCCUACACAGCCUCCUCCAGCUCCGGGUGCCCCCUCGCCACCCCCUCCUCCGCCUCCUCCACUCCUACAACCCCAUUGACCGCCCGCCGCCGCAGGACCCGCCCCUGCACGACGCCGAGCUUUGGAUCGCCAAGGCGCUCGCGACUGCCGCCUUACUCCUGCCACACUACCUCCCGGCAUUCCGCCGCCUCGCGCCCUCCCAGGUCGCCGCCGCCGCCGCGCUCCGCCACGCGCCUUGCGCCUCCUCGACGCUCCACCUCUUCUCUGCGCUGCAUUCCCCCCACUCGCAGCUCGCCAUCCCCCCGUCCGCUCAUUCCUACCGUUACGUCAUCUCGUUGAUGUGCCAGUCCGGCCGCCACACUGAUGCCCUCCAACUGUUCGACCAAAUGACGGACCAGUCUGGUUACUUUCCCAAUGCUCGUUUUCUCUCGUUCCUGUCCGGUUCCUGCGCCACCGCAGGCCUUCUUGAUGCCGCUGCAGCAUUGCUCUCAAAUGCAUCCCAAUUUGGUUGUUCCAUUGAAGCGUAUGCAUAUAACAAGCUCAUGGGCUUGUUCAUUGGCCGUGGCCGGGUGCAGGAGGCUGUGGCAUUGUUUGAGGGGUGGAUCCAGGGGAGAGUAUAUUCUCCGGACGCGUGGAGCUUCAAUGUCAUCAUCAAGGGGGUUUGCAAGGUGGGGGAUGUUCAAAAAGCGCUCGAGUUGGUCGAAAGGAUGGAUGAGUUUGGUUGCUCACCAGAUACUGUCACACAUAAUAUUCUUGUGAAUGGGCUAUGCAGGGCAAAGGAGGUGAGUAAGGGUCGUGAGGUGUUGAGGAGGCUUCAGAGAGAUGGUGUUUGCAAGCCCAAUGUAGUGACAUACACCUCAGUAAUCUCAGGUUACUGUAAGGCUGGCAGGAUGGGGGAUGCAAUGGCAGUAUACGAUGACAUGGUUGCGUGUGGGACAUCACCCAAUGUGGUCACAUACAAUGUGCUAAUCAAUGGAUAUGGCAAGGCUGGGAAUAUGGGGUAUGCGGUGGCAGUGUAUCAGCAAAUGAUACUUCGUCGCUGCCUUCCUGAUGUUGUGACAUUUAGCUCAUUGAUUGAUGGAUAUUGUCGGUGCGGACAGCUUGAUGAUGCAAUGAAGAUUUGGACUGAGAUGUCUCAGUAUCAUAUUCAACCAAAUGCACACACGUUCUGUAUCAUAAUACACACAUUUUGUAAGCAGAACAGAUCAGGGGAAGCACUUCAUUUUUUGAAAAAAAUGAACAUGAGAACAGACAUUGCACCACAAGCGUUUAUAUAUAACCCUGUGAUUGAUGUACUGUGCAAGGGUGGAAAGGUGGACGAAGCAAACAUGAUUCUAAUGGAGAUGGAAGAGAAAGGAUGUCAUCCCGACAAGUAUACAUAUACUAUUUUGAUAAUUGGGCACUGCAUGAAGGGUAGGAUAGCAAAAGCCAUCACAUUUUUCCAUAAAAUGGUAGAGACUGGGUGUACCCCUGACAGUAUAGUAGUCAAUUCUUUUAUUAGCUGCCUUUUAAAGUCUGGGAUGCCUGGUGAGGUGGAUCAUAUAAUGCGUAUUGCAGCAGGGGGUGCUUCAUCGAGUUGGAAAGAUCCUUCUCCUGUAACCCAAAGCGUAGACAUUUCAGUAGCUGUAUAGCUGAAUGAUACAAUGGAGAAUGUAAGGAACAGCAUCUUGACUGUUUUCGGUGCGAAUUACGGGGCAUCUGGCGCUUGUCCAAAUAAGAAGAACAAGCUCUGUGGUUUUGCAGAACACUCAGUCGAAAAGAACUCAAAUGUAACCAUUGACAUCUUGGUUACACCAAGGGUAUGGAACUAUUGAGAGACUAAUCCAAAAUUUCGUGCUAGAAAGAAAAGGACAAGCAGCUUGGUGCUCCGUGUAUGCGUUGAAGUGAUUCGAUGAAUUCCAUAAAGGGAAGCAAAUGGUGGAGCUGUAAUUUCAAGGGGCCUGCUGAUCAGCUGCAGUAGUGCUACAUCACUUGCUCAAUGGACCCUUGACACGCUCCUCAACACCUCAUGUAUGAUUUGUCGACUCCCUGGGUAGAUGAUAAGAUCAUCCAGUCACUUGAACCUGCCUGUCAAGAACCCGCUUCGUUUUGGAGGAGCUGUUACCUAAAUGAGGGGGAAUCAGCAGUUGAAGAACACGAUGGAAGUAAUUUACCCUCUAGCAGAGGUACUUAACUUGUAUUGUGCCUUGUUGUUCAUUGUUCACUCCAGUAGAGAAAAUAUUUUAGGAAAGGGUAGUUGAUCAUUUCAACUGUCAUGCACAUUGUGCGCAAUUUUCCUACAACCAUGCCUACAGAAUAACAAGUCUGAGC